AAAGACUGUGAUAGAGUAUUCCAGCCAGCUCCUAAAUCUAUAUCCGGUUGGAAAUACGAAAACUUCCGGUGAACUUCCUGGUUUUGUUUGCAUAGCGGCUAACUUUGCUAGCUAUGUCAUUUCCAACUAUUUAAAACGCUCUUUGUAUGUCCGUGAGUCAAACUGUGUUGGAAACGUUAAAACGCACUCUCUCGUCGACAAGACCUGCAAUGGCUUGCUCUUAGUCAUGCAAGUAACGUUAGUUGAAAUGUAGUAACUGUUAGCUAACGGCUAACUUGACAGCUAAUGUAGCUAGGAUAGGAAUAGGAUAUGCUGUUAGGAAGUUAGCCAGCCAACACUGAUUAUGUUUCUGCUUAUUCGUCUGUUAUGCUUCUACUUGUUUUAAAUAACUUCUGCGCUAUGGACACCGAGGGAAUAGAGAUCCGUAUAAAGACUCCCGUCGGGGAUAUGGACUCAUCCGUGGACUGCCCAUCACUUUUGAGCUUCAAUGACUUGUUGGUCGCUAUAAGGGAUGUCAUGCCCGAAACUACAAUCACUGCGUUUGAAUAUGAGGAUGAGGUGGGCGAUAGAAUCACUGUGAGGAGUGAUGAAGAACUCAAAGCCAUGUUGUCAUAUUACUGCAAUAAUGUGAAGGAGCAGCGGAUGAAUGGCCUACUGCCUGAGCCUCUCCAGAUAUUUCCUCGAGCCGGCAAGACUCCAGGGAUCCGGAACAUACACGGCCUGAAGGUGAACACAAGGCCCAAUGACUGCUCCCCCGCCGCCAUCGGCUCUAUGCCCAACAAUAGUCCCAGUCUAAAGAAGUCCUCCGCAGAGCUAAAGAAGAUUUUGACUAAUGGACAGAUCAAUGGCCAAGACAUACAAUACCAGGAGCAGCUUGGCCAUGGAAACGGAGGGACCGUGUACAAGUAGGUGCCUGUCUGUACUUUACUGUCGGCCUUCGUGCCAACACUGGUAGGUAUAACAAUAAGAAUGGUGUUGAGAGAAGAGACAUGGCUGGAGUACGGGCUUCUCAGUGAAGGGUAGAGAGAAGAGACAUGGUGGGAGUACUGGCUUCUCAGUGAAGGGUAGAGAGAAGAGACAUGGUGGGAGUAUGGGCUUCUCAGUGAAGGGUAGAGAGAAGAGACAUGGUGGGAGUACGGGCUUCUCAGUGAAGGGUAGAGAGAAGAGACAUGGUUGGAGUACGGGCUUCUCAGUGAAGGGUAGAGAGAAGAGACAUGGUGGGAGUACGGGCUUCUCAGUGAAGGGUAGAGAGAAGAGACAUGGUGGGAGUACGGGCUUCUCAGUGAAGGGUAGAGAGAAGAGACAUGGUGGGAGUACGGGCUUCUCAGUGAAGGGUAGAGAGAAGAGACAUGGUGGGAGUACGGGCUUCUCAGUGAAGGGUAGAGAGAAGAGACAUGGUGGGAGUAUGGGCUUCUCAGU